ACGGAGGCAGAACCCGCAGGCCUUGCUGAUGCUGUGGUGCUGGGAAAGCAGGAUUAACAAGGAUGCCUCUGGUCUGAGCACCCGAGGAAAGCGGGGGCGCAGACCGGGCGGCACUUCCGGUCCCCCCGGCCUCCCGCGGGGGGCGGGCCAGGGGUGCAAGGGAGGAGUUGUCUGGUCGGUGAGGCUGCACCUCCCACUCCAGGAAGGUGUUAAAUGCAUUUUUUCCGCAGUGUCUACAUGGACUACAACGCCACCACGCCGCUGGAGCCCGCCGUCAUCCAGGCGGUGACCCAGGCCCUGCAGGACGCCUGGGGCAACCCCAGCAGCCCGUACCCUGCAGGUAGGAAGGCCAAGGACAUUAUCGGCGCAGCCCGGGAGAGCCUCGCAAAGAUGAUCGGUGGGAGCUCGCGGGACAUCGUCUUCACCUCCGGCGGCACCGAGUCGAAUAACUUGGUGAUCCGCUCUGUGGUGACCCACUUCCACAAAACCCACACCGCUGAGGGCGACCCGGCCCCGCGUCACAGCCCAGCGGAGGGCGCCGUGCCUCACAUCGUCACCUGCACCGUGGAGCACGACUCCAUCCGCCUGCCCCUGGAGCGCCUGGUGGAGGAGCAAGUGGCCGAGGUCACCUUCGUCCCGGUGUCCCCGGUGAGCGGGCAGGCAGAGGCGGACGACAUCCUGGCCGCUGUCCGCCCGGCCACCUGCCUGGUGACCGUCAUGCUGGCCAACAACGAGACUGGCGUCAUCAUGCCCGUCCCCGAGAUCAGCCGGCGAGUCAGGGCCCUGAACCGGGAGCGGGCGGCCUCCGGGCGGCCUGUCAUCCUGCUGCACACAGACGCCGCGCAGGCCCUGGGCAAGAGGCGCGUGGACGUGGAGGACCUGGGCGUGGACCUGCUGACCAUCGUGGGGCACAAGUUCUACGGUCCCAGGAUCGGAGCACUUUACGUCCGAGGGCUCGGCGAGCACACCCCACUGUGUCCCAUGCUGUUUGGAGGUGGACAGGAACGGAACUUCAGGCCGGGGACGGAGAACACCCCGAUGAUCGCCGGCCUGGGCAAGGCUGCUGAGCUGGUGACUGAGAACUGCGAGGCUUACGAGGCCCACAUGAGGGACGUGCGGGACUACCUGGAGGAGAGGCUGGUGGCUGAAUUUGGGGAGAAGAAAAUCCACCUGAACUGCCAGUUUCCUGGGGUGGAACGACUCCCCAACACGUGUAACUUCUCCUUCCGGGGACCCCAGCUGCAAGGCCGGGCGGUGCUGGCGCAGUGCAGGGUGCUGCAGGCCAGCGUGGGGGCCGCGUGCCACUCGGACCACGGGGACCGGCCAUCCCCGGUGCUGCUGCGCUGCGGUGUCCCCGUCGACGUGGCCCGGAACGCACUGCGGCUCAGCGUGGGCCGCAGCACCACGCGGGCCCAGGUGGACCUGGUGGUGCGGGACCUGCAGCAGGCCGUGGCCCGGCUGGAGGGCCGGGGCGGCACGCCUUCCGGGGUCUGAGCGGGGCACUGGGCUCCCGGGUCCCCCUGCAGGGCCGUCACUGUCCCCACUGCCCUGCGGCACGGUCCUGGAGGCAGCGCCUGGGCUGUGGCCACGCUCCGCUCCAGGAGGCGAGGCUGUCUCCAGCGGCCCUCACGGAGGGCAGCCUUUCCCCCGGAAGGUAACAUCCCAGAAUUUAUAACUGAUUGCCCGUCGCCCACAUGAAAGUAGGAGGCCUGGCAUUUGCUGUGAUCUGGGCCUCCCCUCCUGAGGGCCUGCCCUGCCCCGGGGGCCUCACCAGGCCCUGUUCAGACACCCCAGCCACUCUGCUCCGUGUGCCCCACUCCCUGGCCCCUUUGUCACUCAGGGCCUUGGCUGUCAGCCUGUCCGCACCCGCACCUGCACCCGCACCUGCACCCGCACCAGAUUCACCGGACCCUUCGUCUGCCUCUUGCCUUUGGAUCCCUGACCUGGGGCUUUGGCUCACAGCGCUGUGUCGUGGGACCACCAGGCUGCGGUGGGACCAGUUCACGCCUGACCCAGCUUCCAGGGGAUUGAAUCUGCAAGGCUCUGUCAUCUCUACGACACUGUGUGGCAUUCUAAUGCCACCAAAGGGCACGUCUCCUGGACGGGGCACACAGGAGUGACCUCUUCAUUAACACUUGUAAUGUGGUUUGAGGAGCGAAGAACCACGGGAUGACCGUGGGCCGCAGGGUCAGGGAUUAAAUGAACUAACAGAAGUUUCCA